UACAUAAGUUGGAGUAAGCGCUAGUGUCUCUAUUAAUAUUGAUAUAUUAUUGUCUAUUAUUUUAAUUUAAUAAUUGUCUGUGACAUAAAUGUAAUUUUAUAAUAAAUAUAACAUUUAAAACGAAUAUAUCAAUAAUGGAUUUACCACGUGUUCUUAUUUUAAGUACUGAAAAUAACAAAGCAAGUGAAAUUGCUAAAGAUUUAGAUUCACAGCUUCUAGGAGACGAUGACGAUGUUAAAUAUUUUUCUUGGGACAUUGACAACAAAUAUUACUCAGCACGAGUGGUACUGUGUGCUACUGAAAGGUUGCCACUGAGAAUACCAGUUGAUGGGAUCGAAGCAGUGAUACUUCAUUAUGAACCAAAGGGAGAUGAACCAUUGGUUUUGGAGAAAUACGUUCCAUUAAUUCAGUCUCUCAAUGAGGCUGACAUUUUUUUGCUGGCCUGCGAAACUUUUCCUGAUGCACAAAAAAAAGACGAAGUUACUGAAUGGUGCCAUGUUAAUAAAUUUGAAUUGGUCGAAAUGACAAAUCCAGAAUCGACGCCGGAUGUCAUGGAUGAUGACUUUGAACAAGAAAAAUUUGGUAUUGAAAGACUUAUUGAGGUUUUGCAUACUCAUACAUGGCCUAAUAGAAUAUUGAAAGGUAUUCCGAAUGGUAGAAUAUCAACAUCGAAUGAGCCAGAUGUAAAUGAAAUAAAAGAACAACUUGAUAAUAUUCAAUUAAAUGCAUCACGUAAUGGUACAGACAAUUUAUUAAUGAAUAGUGUACUAGAUGGUAUUAUGGGUGAAGAGAAUACAGAUUUUGGUGAAUUAUUUGGUCAGUUGAUGGCCAUGAAAGAACAUGCUGCAACAUUAUCACCUAGUAACCGUCGAGCAGCUGCUGAGCAACUCGUGACAGCAUUUUGGAAAGCAAUGGGCGGUGAUGCAUCCGAAAUUGAGGAUUUAGAUGAAUAAGUUUUCACAUUAUAAUAUUAAUUAAUAAGUUGUUAAGUAUUAAUUGUAUAAUUGAUAAAAUAAAUCAAGUUUGAAAUAC